ACAGUGCUGCAAAAAUUGCUUCAGUCUCGCACCGAUUUUGGGAACAUUUGUCCGGGAUGGCAGUGCAAUACAGUAUCAAUACAAAAAGGACUAUGUUCUCCAGAAUAUCGAAAACGCCAAUAUAGACAACUCCGAGCGUUCCUCGAUCUGGGAUGAGGCUGCGGUGCCGUGCUGUGCCGCUCAGACUCGGCAGGGCGAACUGUCGCUGCGACCAGCCGCGGAUCCAUCGUGUGAGAGCCGUGUUCUUCUGCCUAUGGGGUCUGCUGGCCAUAGCCCUGGCGCUCGGCUUCUCGCUCUCCAGCAACGACGCUGACAGCGACCAAGUUCUCAUUCACAUACCUGACCUGACGAAGGACAAGCUCUCCCACAGACCCCGGAAGCGCACGGUCGCCCUGGUGCGUCAGCUGGUGGCGCAGGUGGACGGGCACCGGUUGUGGCAUGCGUUCCUCAAGCCCCUCCUCAUCGAGAGGCAGCCGGGCAGCAAGGGGAGCCGCGCUGUGCGUAAGCACAUCUCCUCACGACUGUACACACUGUCCGCUGGCUGGACGGUGGAGUUUGACUCGUUCAACCACGCCACGCCGCGCGGCCCCAUCAACUUCUCCAACAUCCUGGCGGUGCUGGACCCCCUGGCUCCUCGGCGCCUCCUGCUGGCCUGCCACUACGACACCAAGGCGUUGCGCGUCGCCCCCAGCGGGGCGGUCAAGGUGUUCGUGGGCGCCAGCGACUCGGCCGUGCCCUGUGCCAUGAUCCUGGAGCUGGUGACGGCGCUGGAUGAAUACCUCAAGGUGCUGAAACAGCAGAGGAUCUCUCAGGUGACCCUGCAGCUGGUGUUCUUCGACGGGAAGGAGGCGAUCGAGGAGUGGACGGCCAACGACUCUCUCUACGGCUCGCGGCACCUGGCUCAGAGGAUGGCCCAGAUACCUCACCCACCCGGCGCCACGGAAACCACUUUGAUCGACGCAGUGGACCUGCUGUUGUUGUUGGACCUCAUUGGAGCUCCUGCUCCGAUGUUUGUGAAUCACUUUGACAACACGGGCCGCUGGUUUGAUCGCCUCAUGUCUGCAGAGAAGAGACUGCACACUCUGGGCCUGCUGGCGUCCCACCCCAACCCCCAGAGCUACUUCACCAAGGAUGUGCCCAUGGGUCCAGUGGAGGACGACCACGUGCCUUUCCUGGAGAGAGGGGUCCCCGUGCUGCACAUGAUCGCUACGCCCUUCCCUCCGUUCAUGCACACCGUCGACGACACCGCCAGCAACGUCCACGUCCAGACGGUGGAGAAUCUGACCAAGGUCCUGGCCGUGUUCCUGUCCGAGUAUCUGGGCCUUUAGACGCUCCGUGGCCUCCGCCUCAGCACUUUACGCCGUCGGGAUGAAGAGGAGGGAGAGAGAGGGAGG